AUGACCAACCUACCACCUGUCGACGAAGACCACGCACGCGACUGGAUCUUUGAAUACUCGGAGGCCAAGCGGAUGGCGCCGUACCGCGCGAACGUGAUUCUUGAGAAGGCACUGCUCGAUACGCAGCCAGCGCCACCAGACGAAGAUGAGUGCUGUGGCUCGUCGUGUUGCCCCUGCGUGCUCGACCUGUGGCGCGAAGAGGUAGCCGUGUGGAAGGCCGUGCGUGAUGGCACGAGCGUUGAGACUCUCGCGGCGCGAAAGAACUUCAAGUCAUAA